AUGGCAGGGUUGUCUGAUCAGGUGCUGCAGUGGCUGUACAGCGUCCUCCUGAAUGUAGAAACACGUCCUGUGCAUGCCUCAACAUCAAGGUCACUGACGACAAGACCANNGGAAUACCACGAUGCACAACGCGCCUAUAGCGACAGUGUCGCAGCUCUCUCGACGUAUCCUUCAUUAUCACCUCGAACCGAUGUCUACACGUAUAACACUGGACAGCCCGCGCUGCUGUUACGACUGUCAGGCACCCUUCCCGUCAACUUUCGUGGCACAGUCUACAGAUUUCCCGUGACGAUAUGGCUGCCGCAUGCCUAUCCUGCAGAUCCUGAGGGUAUCAUGGUGUUUGUGAUACCAGGAGAGGGCAUGGCUAUACGACCUGGACAACACGUCAGUGUCGACGGACGGGUCUACCACCCCUAUCUGCGCGACUGGUCCAUGAAUCAACGCUCGAACAUCAUCGACUUCUUGCGCCUUCUUCAGGAUGUUUUUGCUCGAGAGCCUCCUGUUAUUGCAAGGCCUGCGCAACAACCACAACCAAUGCAGCCUCAGUCACCGAUGCAGCGACCUCCUCCUCCGCCAAAAGAACAACCUCGACCAGCGCAAUCUCACCCUGCAGAAAUGUCGGCUGGACCGCCUCCUCCGAGACCUCCGAAGCCUGGAGAGCAAGGUCAUGUCUCUACACCCGUUCAGAAUCGCAAUGAUGGUCCGCCCUUGCCACCUCUACCACACGAGCGAGCUCGACAAUCACCACAACUGCGACAAGGGAAUGCCUUUGACGCCUCUCAGCCUCAGCGCUAUUCCAGAGCUCCACCAUUGCCUCAUCAGAUCCAGCAAGAGUACAGGCAGACUCCAGGUUCCCCUCUGACUUCGAAUGCGCAAACACCUACCCAGAGAUAUACACAGCCUCCGCCGAUGCCUACACCGCAGCAAAAUCAACACCAUCAGAUACCCCUACGUCCAGCUCAGCACCAGUACCGUCAACAAUACCAACAAUCGCCUCCACAGCAUUUCCAGCAGAUGCCUCCGAACAUGUCUGCUCGGCAGUAUCCUCCGCAACACGCUCCUCAUAAUCAACCCAUGCCUACAAAACCUGCACCUGCUCAGGAUCUCCUCAGUGAUCCGUUCGAUGUUAGCAUAUCGACAACAACAUCCUCAGGUCCAGCCCCUCCGAUCCCACCAAAUCCGGAAAAGGAGCAUCUUCUACACCUCCUUUCUCAAUCUCUGGUUUCUCAAAUACACCAGAAAGUAAAUCAAAACACUUCCGCCUUGGCCCCUCUGCAUGCUCAGUCUCUCGCUCUCCAAGAGGCACAUUCUCGCCUCAACUCCGAGCUGUCACAACUGACAGCCUUGGACAAUACACUAACCACCAACGAACGAAUACUCCAUCAAGCCCUUUCGGAUUGCGAUCGUGUCAUCGCCGAUAGCAAAUCUACCCCACAGCCACCCAUUGAUGAUGUCCUCGUCGCCCCUACUGUUGCUUCCACCCAACUCUGGAAUCUGCAGGCUGAUGAAGCAGCCAUUCGGGAAACUUUGUGGUGUUUGCAACGUGCAGUGGGAGCAGGGAGAGUUGGCUCAGAGGUUUUCAUCAAGAUGACUAGGAGUCUGGCCAGAGAGCUGUUCUUGAAGAUGGCACUGAGUAAAAAGGUUGCCAGAGGACUAGGUCUGGACGUGGGAGGCAGUAGAGCAGGGACUUUUGGAGGUGAAGAUGGAUAUGGAUAUUGA